AUGCCAGGCAUCGUGGACGACAAGUCGCAAUACUGCGUCCCCUUCUUGCUGGAGCGCCUGCGCAUCCACUCCGAACAGCACUCCAAUGCCGACUGCAAUACCCCGCCGUUCUUUCUGGGGCUCAAUGGGGUGCAGGGCGCCGGCAAGACUGUCCUGGUCUCGACAUUGCAGGACACCCUCCGCUCCGAGCCGUAUUCCCUCUCCGUGGUGACCCUGUCGCUGGACGACAUCUACCUGACCCACGCCGACCAAGUUGCGCUAGCACAGGCACACCCGACCAAUCCCCUUCUACAACACCGCGGUCAGCCCUCAACUCACGAUCUUGCUCUCGGUGAGCAAGUCUUUGCUUCGCUCGCGGCGGAGCAGCCAACCGCUAUUCCGCAGUAUGACAAGUCUGCGUUCGCCGGACAAGGUGAUCGCGUGCCUCGGGCGCAGUGGGAAGUCGUGAAUGCUGAGGGACAGGAAACUGUCAAGGUUGUUAUUUUUGAAGGAUGGUGCGUUGGCUUCCGUCCUUGGGAUGACCAGACUCUUCGCGCCAAGUGGGAGGCUGCGGUGCGGCAAAAGGAGAGCGGCGACUACCAAGGGCGACUGGGACAUGUCAAGUUUGAAGAUGUCCAAACUGUGAAUGAGGCAUUGAAGCGAUAUGAUGCUCUGACUGACAAACUUGAUGCCCUGAUUCACAUUGAUGCUCAGGAUCUCCGAUAUGUCUACGAAUGGCGCCAGGAGCAGGAGCGCACCUUGCGUGCUGCCAAGGGCACCGGGAUGACCGAGGACCAGGUCAAACGUUUCGUGGAUGGCUAUUAUCCCUCCUACGAACUUUUCACGGAAACCCUUCGCGAAGGGGUCUUCAAACCGCGCAACACACCCACAGCUGCUUCUGAUUGGCAAGGCAGACAACUCCGCCUGGUCGUGGACCGCGAUCGAAGGGUUCAGGAAGUAAUCCAAAUUUGA